AUGGGAGCCGCCAGCAGGCAGGACGGCACCUUCCAGGCGAUGCUGACACUCAGCUGGCUCACCCUGGCCGCGUCCGCAGUGGCGGCCGAGUGCCCCGACCAGAGCCCUGAGCUGCAGCCCUGGAGCCCUGGCCACGACCCGGGCCACCGCGUGCGCAUCGGCCGGGGCAGGACACUGCUGCUCACGUCUUCUGCCACGGUGAACUCCAUCCACGUCUCAGAGGGAGGAAAGCUGGUCAUUAAGGACCAAGACGAGGCGAUCGUCCUGCGUACCCGGCACAUCCUGGUUGACAACGGAGGGGAGCUGCACGCGGGGAGCGCCCUCUGCCCUUACCAGGGCAACUUCAGCAUCGUUCUGUACGGCAGGGCCGACGAAGGCAUCCAGCCGGACCCCUACUUUGGCCUCAAGUACAUCGGGGUCGGCAGAGGAGGUGUCCUUGAGCUACACGGACAGAAGAAACUCUCCUGGACGUUUCUGAACAAGACCCUUCACCCAGGCGGCAUGCAGGAGGGGGGCUACUUUUUCGAAAGGAGCUGGGGUCACCGUGGAGUCAUUGUGCAUAUCAUCGACCCCAAAUCGGCGACUGUCAUCCACUCCGACCGGUUUGACACCUACAGAUCCAAGAAGGAGAGUGAACGCCUGGUCCAGUACUUGAACGCGGUGCCCGCGGGCAGGAUCCUUUCGGUGGCAGUGAACGACGAGGGGUCCCGGAACCUGGAUGAUGCGGCCAGGAAGGCCAUGACGAAGCUGGGCAGCAAACACUUCCUACACCUUGGAUUCAGACACCCUUGGAGUUUCCUAACUGUGAAAGGAAAUCCCUCUUCUUCCGUCGAAGACCACAUUGAAUAUCACGGGCACCGUGGCUCCGCUGCUGCCCGGGUGUUCAAAGUAUUCCGGACGGAGCACGGCGAGCAUUUCAACGUUUCUUCAUCCAGCGAGUGGGUUCAAGACGUGGAAUGGACGGGGUGGUUCGACCACGACAAAGUGCCGCAGACUAAAGGCGGGGAGAAAAUUUCAGACCUCCGGGCGGCUCACCCGGGAAAAAUCUGCAACCGCCCCAUCGAUAUACAGGCCACUACGCUGGACGGCGCUAACCUCACCGCCGAGGUUGUCCACAAAAAGGGCCAGGAUUACAGGUUUGCGUGCUACGACCGGGGCCGCCCCUGCCACGGCUACCGCGUGCGGUUCCUCUGCGGGAAGCCUGUGAGACCCAGACUCACCGUCACCAUCGACACCAACGUGAACAGCACCAUCCUGAACCUGGAGGACGACGUGCGGUCGUGGAAGCCCGGAGACACGCUGGUCGUCGCCAGCACCGAUUACUCCAUGUACCAGGCAGAAGAGUUCCAGGUGCUCCCCUGCAGAGCCUGUGCCUCCAACCAGGUCAAGGUGGCAGGGAAGCCCCUGUACCUGCACAUCGGGGAGGAGAUCGACGGUGUGGACAUGCGGGCGGAGGUCGGGCUCCUGAGCCGGAACAUCGUGGUGAUGGGGGAGAUGGAGGACAGGUGUUACCCCUACAGCAACCACAUCUGCAGCUUCUUUGACUUCGAUACCUUUGGGGGCCACAUCAAGUUCGCGCUGGGCUUCAAGGCGGCCCACCUGGAGGGCGUGGAGCUGAAGCACAUGGGACAGCAGCUGGUGGGGCAGUACCCCAUUCACUUCCACCUGGCGGGCAACGUGGACGGACGGGGAGGCUACGACCCGCCCACCUACGUCCGGGAGCUCUCCAUCCACCACACGUUCUCGCGCUGCGUCACCGUGCACGGCUCCAACGGCCUGCUGGUCAAGGACGUGGUGGGCUAUAACUCCCUGGGCCACUGCUUCUUCACGGAGGACGGGCCGGAGGAACGCAACACCUUUGACCACUGUCUGGGCCUCCUGGUCAAGUCUGGAACCCUCCUCCCCUCCGACCGGGACAGCAAGAUGUGCAGGAUGAUCACGGAAGACUCGUACCCGGGCUACGUCCCCAAGCCCCGGCAGGACUGCAAUGCAGUGUCCACCUUCUGGAUGGCCAACCCCAACAACAACCUCAUCAACUGUGCGGCCGCGGGCUCCGAGGAAACCGGAUUCUGGUUCAUUUUUCACCACGUUCCGACGGGCCCGUCGGUGGGAACGUACUCGCCAGGUUACUCCGAGCACAUCCCACUGGGAAGGUUCCACAAUAACCGAGCACACUCCAACUACCGCGCGGGCAUGAUCAUUGACAACGGGGUCAAAACUACGGAGGCCUCUGCCAAGGACAAGCGGCCCUUCCUGUCCAUCAUCUCUGCCAGGUACAGCCCUCAUCAGGAUGCCGACCCGCUGAAGCCCCGGGAGCCGGCCAUCAUCAAACACUUCACUGCCUACAAGAACCAGGACCACGGGGCCUGGCUGCGCGGCGGGGACGUGUGGCUGGACAGCUGCCGGUUCGCUGAUAACGGCAUCGGCCUGACUCUGGCCAGCGGCGGGACCUUCCCGUAUGAUGAUGGCUCCAAGCAGGAGAUCAAGAACAGCCUGUUCGUCGGCGAGAGUGGCAACGUGGGGACAGAGAUGAUGGACAACAGGAUCUGGGGCCCCGGCGGCCUGGACCACAGCGGGAGGACCCUCCCUAUAGGCCAGAAUUUUCCGAUCCGAGGAAUUCAGUUCUAUGACGGCCCCAUCAACAUCCAGAACUGCACCUUCCGCAAGUUUGUGGCCCUGGAGGGCCGGCACACCAGUGCCCUGGCCUUCCGGCUGAACAACGCCUGGCAGAGCUGCCCCCAUAACAAUGUGACCAACAUUGCCUUUGAGGAUGUCCCGAUUACUUCCAGAGUGUUCUUCGGAGAGCCGGGGCCCUGGUUCAACCAGCUGGACAUGGAUGGGGAUAAGACGUCCGUGUUCCAUGAUGUCGACGGCUCUGUGUCCGAGUACCCGGGGUCCUACCUCACCAAGGACGACAACUGGCUGGUCCGGCACCCGGACUGCAUCAACGUCCCCGACUGGAGAGGGGCCAUCUGCAGCGGGCGCUACGCACAGAUGUACAUUCAGGCCUACAAGACCAGCAACCUACGGAUGAAGAUCAUCAAGAACGACUUCCCCAGCCGCCCCCUCCACCUGGAGGGGGCCCUGGCCCGGAGCACCCAUUACCAGCAGUACCAGCCGGUGGUCGCCCUGCAGAAGGGUUACACCGUGCACUGGGACCAGCCGGCGCCCGCCGAGCUGGCCAUCUGGCUCAUCAACUUCAACAAGGGCGACUGGAUCCGAGUGGGGUUCUGCUACCCCCGCGGCACGUCCUUCUCCAUUCUGUCCGACGUCCACAACCGCCUGCUGAAGCAGACAUCCAAGACGGGCACCUUCGUGCGGACCCUCCAGAUGGACAAGGUGGAACAGAGCUUUACGGGCAGAGGCCACUACUACUGGGACGAGGACUCAGGGCUGUUGUUCCUGAAGCUGAGAGCCCAGAACGAGAGGGAGAGGUUCGCCUUCUGCUCCGUGAAAGGCUGCGAGCGAAUCAGGAUCAAGGCCCUGAUCCCCAAGAACGCGGGCAUCAGCGACUGCACGGCCACCGCCUACCCCAGGUUCGCCGAGAGAGCGGUGGUGGACGUGCCGAUGCCCAGGAAGCUCCGUGGCGCCCAGCUGAAGACAAAGGACCGCUUCCUGGAGGUGAAGAUGCAGAGUUCCAGGGAGCGUUUCUUCCACCUCCUGAGCGACGCGGCUUACAUUGAGGUGGACGGGACGAGGUACCCCAGCUCCGAGGACGGCAUCCAGAUGGUGGCGAUCGACGGCAGCCGCGGGCACGUGGUGAGCCACACGAGCUUCGGCAGCACCAUGCUGCAGGGCGUCCCGUGGCAGCUGUUCAGUCACGUGGCGGCCAUCCCCGACAACUCCAUCGUGCUCGUGGUGUCGAAGGGACGAUACACUUCCAGGGGCCUGUGGACCCGAGUGUUAGAAAAGCUCGGCGCAGAUAAGAACCUCAGGUUGAAAGAGAAAAUGGCGUUCGUUGGCUUCAAGGGGAGCUUCCGGCCCACCUGGGUGACUCUGGACACUGAGGACCACGGUGCCAAAAUCUUCCAAGUGGUGCCCAUCCCCGUGGUGAGGAAGAAGAAACUGUGA